CUGCAUUUGACAUAGGUAACUAGAGGAUAGGAUCGAUACCUAGGGUAGGGCAGCAGCCCAGGUCUUAACACAUGUUCUCUCAAUAUUUAUUAAUGGCCCACCAGACUACUCUACCGAAGGCAGCUAUGUCCAUGGUUAUCUUUCACCAUUAUUGACCACUGUCUUUGGUUCUGAUCCCCUGUUGAAUAUGAAAUGGGCUAAUGGCCAAUUAAAAACAAUGAUUCCAAAGCAUACAAACCAGACUUUUUGGUUUGCAAUCUUUCAGGUAGUGUGAAGCAUGUUGUGUUGAAUUCCGUAUUUAAAUCUGUAGAUCAAAAUUCUUAUGUAGAAUCUGACUUGGUAAAGCUUGCCAAGCAAAUGAGAUUUACUAUGACAAUUUGGUUUCGAGCGGUAUUGUUGAACCAAAGGUGUACGGUAUUCAUUGUGAAGGCAAUGAUUUACAUACGUAUGUCAUGAAUCUCGAUUCUCCCAAGGUCUACAGAAUGAUCAGUAUUACCAAGUUGAAGCUCUUUGGAAAAUUGGACCAGAUCACUUUCCUCCAUAGCAUCCUUACACAUUUGAUUUGUCUAAAGAACGUUGCUCAUGAAAGUGCGCUAAAAAUUGAAACUGCUGUUAUAUCUAGCUGCGCUACUUUGAAACGCCCUGCUCCCUGCCCACUUUUGCAUUGGUUGUUCAACGAUUCUUUUGUUCUGUCCCGUGCAACCAAGAUACAGAAGAAAUGAAUGCUCUUGUU